AUGAUCAACGUCGGCAUUAUUGGCCUGAGCGCCUCGGAUGCUGCCUGGGUAUCCCGCAGCCAUGCAUUGGCCCUGCAGAAACCUCCACUAUCAGAGAAAUACCGCCUGAACGCCGUGGCCACAACCACGAAGGAAACUGCACUAGCCUCCGCGAAGAGAUGGGGCGUCUCGCCCACAAAGGUAUACACGCAAGCCUCGCAACUCGCCGCGGACCCAGACGUCGACCUCGUCGUUGUUGGCGUGAAGCUUCCACUUCACUACAAAUUGGCUCUGCCUUUACUGGAGGCCGGCAAGGAUGUCUUUGUCGAGUGGCCGCUGGCGACCACCCUCGACCAGGUUGCUGAGUUGCAGGCGGCUGCUCGAAGAGGAGGUGGACGCACCCUUGUUGGUCUCCAGGCUCGGGCGUCGCCGGUGAUUCUAAAGGCAAAAGAGAUUAUCAAUUCCAGCGCGCUGGGCAAGGUCGUUGCAACAACUAUAGUCGGGUGGGACAACAGCCUGCUCUACCUUCCUCCUCGCUUCGACUACGAGCAUGAUGCGAAGAACCGAGCCGACAUCUCCACCAUCACCUCCGGCCACGUCCUCGACGCAAUGUGCUUCCUCCUCGGCGAGUUUGAGAGCCUGUCCUCUUCGAUCAACUGCUUCUUCCCUACCGUUACCACACCUAAUCACAAAGAUGAGGUCAAGCGGGAUGCGCCCGAUUCGAUUCUCGUCCAAGGUAUAUUGCAGAGCGGUGCGAUGGCCAGCUUCAGCAUGGUGCUCACGCCGCCCGGCACACCGUCGUCGUUCACGUGGACCAUCGCCGGGGAGAAGGGGGCGUUGAGAUUCGAGUCGAACAAUAUCAAUAUCCAGAUCUUUCCACCAAAGCUGUAUUGGUACAAGGCGACGAGGGAGGGUGCGACUUCCGCGUGGGAGGAGGUCAGCGUACCAGAGCCACUCCAUUUUGGCCAGGUGGGCGAGUUGUAUCAGGCUUUUGCGCAUGGUGAAGAGGCCCCAGGAGUCCUGAGGGACUUUGAUGGGGCAGCGUUGAGGCACAGUAUGCUCGAGGCCUGUCUGCGGAGCUCAGAGACUGGGAAGAGGCAGCGCUAUGUUUCACGAUAUGGCAUUGACUAG